AUGAAGGAACGUGACUUGCAGAGAGAUUGGCUGAAAAUGGAAAUAUCAGAGAGAAAUGGUGGGAACAAGAGAAAGGAAGAAGAAAGACAGAAAACGGAAAAAGACAAUAUUGAUAACAUUUAUGAUGAAUUAUUUGGAUGUGAUACGAGGAAGAGAAAUAUUGAUGUUUUUGAAGAAAAAGAAAAACAUGAAAGGACUCCCAAACCGCCGACCAAGAAGAGUAGACAUAUUAGUCCCAAGGUCCCUGAAGUUAAUGAUGAAACUAGCCAAGAAAGCUCCUCUCAUUCAAUCCCUUCUGCAACGACUCCUAUUCCAACUGAAGACAAAUCUACAUCUUGUGCACCCAAUCGAGUGUCUCAAGACAUAACUGACAAACUUGAUGUGCUGACAAAUAUUGUGAAUGGGAUUAAAAAGGAUGUGAAUGAGAUUAAAAGUGAAAUCAAGCUCAUGAAGGAGAAUCAACAACUUAUAAUCACAUUAUUGGGGCAAAGAAAUGAACAAAAGAAUGGUGGAGGAGAAGAAAAAGAAGAGGCAGGUACUGCUGCAAUUGAUACUGAGAAGAGGACGACAAAGAGGAAGAAUAAUGAUCUUGCACUUGUUGAGAAUAGGACGAAGAGGAAGAAUGAUGAUGUUGAUAAUGAGAAUAGGACGAAGAGGAAGAAUGAUGAGUUGAUGAACUCUAAGAGGAAGAAUGACGAGAAGAUGAAGAAGACUAAGGAGGAUGAUGAUGAGAUUACAAGAAAGAGGAAUGAAAGAAAGGAGAGGCGAGAGAGGCUGAACGAUGAGGAGGAUGACGAGUAUGAGGACGAGGAGACUGAGGAGGAGGACGAGGAGAUUGGGGAGGAGGACGAGGAGACUGGGGAGGAGGACGAGGAGACUGAGGAGGAGGACGAGAAGACUGAGGAGAAUGACGAGAAGACUGAGGAGAAUGACAAGAUAUGGUAUAGAACGUGCGAAUCCCCACGAAGAAGAUUUGCCUCAUGUUCCAAAGGAGAAGAAAGAGGAGAGGUGGAUAAGGAGAUUGUGAAGGAGGUGAUUGUGGAGACUGAGGAGAAGAAGAAGGAGAAGAAUAAGGGGAAGGAGAAGAAGGUGAAUGAUGUGAAACAAUUGACUCCAUCACAAUUUGUUGGUAAAAGUUUUCGGAGAAAGAAGAAGUCGAAACAAUUGGGGGACUACACCGACCCUGGUGGGAAAGAGUUUAAACUAAAUGAUCCGGUUAAGGUUAAUCCUUUGUUACGAAUUGACGAGGAAAAGAUGAAGGAGUUGAAGAAAUGGUUAAAGAGUGAUGGAGAGGAUUUCAAGGAGUCGACGGUUUGCUCUGCAGAUCGUUCUUUUUUCAACAGAUUGCUCAAGCCUCAAGAAUGGUUACAUGAUACGGAGAUAGAUGAAAUCUGUCAUCUAAUGAAACGAAGGGUUGCGGAGUUCCCUAAGACAUAUCCAAAAAAUUUCUCAAUUGCUGACUCUAAAUUCUCUCAGAAGACGAACAAUCGCUAUGAUAUGUUUACCCCGAAUCCUGCAGGCUACAAAUUCGACGAUCUCAUGGAAUACGUAUUUGGUGAAGGAAGUAAUCCUUGGAAUAUUGUUGAUAUGAUAUAUGUACCCUUGAACCUAAAGCAGAAGCACUGGGUCCUAUGCAAAAUUCAUCUACAAGAUUGGUGCAUAUAUGUAUAUGACUACGAACAGAAUAUGUUCCCAAAAGAUGAAUAUGACGACUUCUUGAAACCAAUGUGUGUAAUUGUGCCGUACUUGCUUGAACUGGGGUUCACCACGGGCGAUAAGGAAAGGUUUCCACAGAUCAAAUUGGAUAGGAUGUCAUAUUCCAUAAUACCACACCCAACAGUCCCAAAGACAACCAAAAGUGGGGACUGUGGGGUUUUACUAUUAUGCAUUUGGAAUACCUUACUACCUCAUUGGUUGUAUCAAAUGUGGUCACUAAAAAUAUGA